CCGCUCAUGUAUUCACCAUCGCUCCUCAAGCAGUAUCCUUCCUCAUCACACACUCGACUCGAGUCUUGCCGAUUCUGAUAUCUUUCGCGGUCCGAAGAAAAUGAAGCUCAAGGCUCUGUGUCUCGUGGCCCUCCUGUUCGCGGCACUUCUCAUCUCUUCGGCGGCCACCGAGACGUCUAAAGACGGGGAAAAAUCGGCGGCAGUAGCGACGGACAAAAACGAAGACCAAGCCCGAGCUGGGAAUUUGGAAGAGGGAAAACACUACUGCGGGUGCUGUGGCAGAAAAUAUUGCGGUUGUUGUCAUGAUGAUGCUAAACAAGCCGAAACAGUGACCGAGCAAAACCAAGGCCAAGCAGCGACGGACAAAAACCAAGACCAAGCCCGAGCUGGGAAUUUGGAAGAGGGAAAACACUACUGCGGGUGCUGUGGCAGAAAAUAUUGCGGUUGUUGUCUUGAUGAUGCAAAACAAGCCGAAACAGUGACGGAGAAAAACCAAGCGGCUGAAGGGACAACCCAUUACGGCGGCGGCGGAGGCUAUGGAGGAGGUGGAGGAGGCUGGGGGGGGAGGAGGAGGGCGUGGUGGAGGAGGCUGGGGAGGAGGAGGAGGGCGUCGCGGGGGAGGAGGGAGGUGCCCGCACUGCACAGCCGAGGAGGCGGCCCAGAUGGCAAGAGGCGGCAAACCGCGAACCUAGUGGAGUGGCAUAUUACAGAGUGUAAAUUAAGGAAUAAUUAGUAGCGAUGUGGUGUGGUGCUUUAAGAGAGUGCAGGAGAAGUAAGUUUUGUGUGUUGUGUAAAGGAGAAUAAUAAUUGCAUGCGGGAAGCAUGCAACGCAACAAGCAAGGGUUAGAUCCCCUGAAGUUGACCCUAAAUAUGUUGUAGCUCUCAUGUUUCUGUCCUAAAAUACCAAAAUCGUUUUCUGUUUGCUUAA